AUGUUAAUAAAAAGUAUUUUUAUGGAGUUGCGAACUAGAUUGCGCAGUUGCAACGUUUAUAUAACGACAGGUGUUGAUUUCAGCAAGAAUUGUAACUUGAAAAUAAGCAUACAAUCUAAUUGCAUUGUAAUAAACUAUUACAAUGAUAAUGAUAAAUUAAAGCGAAGUGAUAGUCUGUCUUCUAUAGAAAGCCUUUCUGACUGUGAAUCUUAUUCGGAGGAUGAAACUGAUGUAUCCACAGUGAUACCAAUAAAUGAAUACUGUGAAAUCAUACCAAAUUCUAUGUCAUGUCUUAAAUUUAAUAAAAAUACCAUUUCAUUCAGGAUUCUGACUGCUCCCAAAAAUGGUGGUAAUUUUUACAAGGAAUUACUGUCUUCAACUAACAAUUUUCAAAAUAAACCCUGCAGUGAAUUGUUAAUGAAUGUGAAACCAAACGAUGGAAUAAAAAUCAUGUGCACAAAUUGUUCCAAUAUAAUAUCAGCAGGAAUAGUCAAAUUCGACAGAGUUCUAGAAUUGCCUUCGGAAAACCUUGAUAUGUCAGAUUGGUUCUGUCAUGGGCAUGGACAUGGCCACGGCGAGAACCAUGGACAUGGAAAUAAUGAAGCUAUUGAAUUGAAACCAAACAAAAAUGACUUCCUCUACAGACUUACAUAUUUUCUUAUAAACCAUUGUGCUUUAUCUGAAAAGAGCAACAAAUUUAAUUUAAAGAGAAAUUCUUAUCAUUGCAACAGGUGCCUGGCAUGGCUAGGAAUCAAAAACAAAGAUACAGUCAAGAUGUUCAAUUCUGAAGUAAAAAUUAACGAUGGAGAAGCUGAUAUUACUGUAUUUACACACAAACAGCCAUCAUUAGAUCUGAAAAUUGAUGAUUUCAUUCAUACAAUAGAAAAAAUGGCUUAUGAAUUUAAUCUUGGCAUGCAAUACUCCGUUAUGUGUAAAAUUGUUCUGGAAUGUCCGAUUUCAGCUAACAACAAACAGUAUCUUUUGAUUUGGAUUAUGGAUAAGGAGCUUCAAGUUUUGCGGGAUACUGGAGAACAUAUUGAAAAUGAUAAAAUCAAGUUGCAGUCAAGUUUACUGACAAAAAUUUUGUAUAGAGUAGAGUUUACUAUGAAUGGAGAGGUGGAGGCGUGGUUAUCAGAUCCUGGCGUGGUUUCGACAGACAUAUCAAAGAGUAUGUUCUGCCGUGGUGUGGAACAUUUGCAAAAGAUGACAGAAAAAGUGCCAGAAUGUUUCCGCAAUACUAAUGGUUAUUGUGUAAGUUACUUGAAAGUUUGA